CCUUCGCCAUAGUAGUAUUACGAAAUUAGCUAGGGGGAAGCAUACAAAAAACUCUGACUUCCUGUAUUUUCUUAUAAGGAAUGAAUGCAUUACGCAGAACAUAGGCGAGAGGGAUAUCAUAUCUGAAAUCGAUAUCGCUGUGGAUGCCAUUGUCUGUAAAUGCGGAUUGUUUACAGCAGCCUGCGCAUCCUUUCCUCCCUCCCCUUCUCCUCUUUCCCGGAGCGCCGGAGCGCUGGUGGUGAGGCAGCGGCUAAAGCUGCUCCCGCUGACCGAAGAUAGCGCCUGCAGAGCUGGCCACGGCCGUCACAUCACCCCGGGCCCCUGGAGGGUGCGAGCCACAGCAAAGCAGGAAGCAAGCUUUUGAUGCCACAUCGUUGUGCAGCAUCACCCUUCCGUGAAAAAAGCGCACAGCCACUUCUGGAUUUUAUUAAUCUUCACCUCCAGGGUUUUUCAGGAGUUUGAUGUGCAGUUUCACAUGAUAUGGCUGUUCUUAAACUAGUCGACCAGCCACCCCUUGUCCAAGCCAUCUUUAACGGAGACCCUGAUGAGAUUCGUGUCCUCAUAUGUAAAUCAGAAGACGUCAAUGCACUGGACACUGAGAAGCGAGCUCCCCUUCAUGCAGCAGCCUUCCUCGGAGAUGCUGAGAUCACAGAGCUCCUCAUUAUGUCAGGGGCACGGGUCAAUGCCAAAGACAACAUGUGGUUGACUCCACUCCACAGGGCAGUGGCAUCACGUAGCGAGGAGGCAGUUCGUGUAUUGAUCCGGCAUUCUGCUGAUGUUAACGCACGGGAUAAGAACUGGCAGACUCCGCUGCAUGUCGCUGCUGCCAACAAGGCCCUGCGCUGUGCUGAGGUGAUCAUCCCGCUCCUGAGCAGCGUCAACGUUUCAGAUCGCGGGGGACGCACUGCCCUGCAUCACGCUGCCCUUAAUGGGCACACAGAGAUGGUUAGCCUUCUCUUGGCCAAGGGUGCCAACAUCAAUGCCUUUGACAAGAAAGACUGCCGUGCACUGCACUGGGCAGCAUAUAUGGGUCACUUAGAUGUAGUGUGUUUACUAGUGAGUCAAGGGGCCGAGAUCAGCUGCAAGGACAAGAGGGGAUACAUGCCUCUACAUGCAGCUGCUUCCAACGGUCAGAUCGCUGUGGUGAAACACCUGCUCAGCCUGGCUGUGGAGAUAGAUGAAGCCAAUGCCUUUGGGAACACAGCACUGCAUGUGGCCUGUUUUAAUGGGCAAGAUGCAGUGGUCAGUGAGCUGAUCGACUACGGUGCUAAUGUCAGCCAGCCGAAUAAUAAGGGCUUCACACCACUCCACUUUGCUGCUGCGUCCACUCAUGGUGCGCUGUGUCUGGAGUUCCUGGUCAACAGCGGAGCUGAUGUCAACGUCCAGAGUCGUGAUGGGAAAAGCCCACUUCAUCUGACGGCAGUUCAUGGACGAUUCACACGCUCCCAGACACUCAUCCAAAACGGUGGAGAGAUUGACUGUGUCGACAAGGAUGGAAACACUCCACUGCAUGUCGCUGCUCGAUACGGCCAUGAACUCUUAAUAAACACUCUAAUCACAAGUGGAGCUGACUGCACCAGAAGAGGGGUACAUGGCAUGUUUCCUUUGCAUCUGGCCGCUCUGAAUGCUCAUGCUGACUGCUGCCGGAAGCUUCUCUCCUCAGGCUUCCAAAUCGAUACACCAGACAACCUGGGAAGGACGUGUCUGCAUGUCGCAGCUGCGGGCGGAAUCAAUCUAUCACCAAUCAAUCCAACCAAAAACAACCGCAGGGACAAACAUGGAAGGACCCCUCUCCACUAUGCAGCAGCUAGUCAGCACUUUCAGUGCCUGGAGACUUUGGUGUCCUGCGGUACCUGCAUUAAUGCCACUGACCAGUGGGGACGCUCUGCUGUGCACUACGCUGCUGCUUCUGACCUGGACAGGAGGCGGCGUGUGGUCCUGGAACCAGAGAGUGAUGGAGUACAAGCUGAGAGGGAGAAGGAGGCAGCUCUGUGUCUUGAGUUCCUGUUGCAGCAUGGUGCCGCCCCAUCACUCAAAGAUAAACAAGGCUACAGUGCUGUUCAUUAUGCUGCAGCAUACGGCCACAGACACUGUCUGAAACUGCUUUUGGACAGAGAUGAGAACCAACAAGAUGAGAUGGAGAACAGCCAAACCAGAAGCCCGUUGCAUCUGGCCGCGUACCACGGUCAUGCACAGGCUCUAGAAGUGCUCUUGGAGGGCCACUGCGAGGUGGAUCAGGGGGAUGAGGUGGGCCGGACUCCAUUAGCUCUUGCUGCCCUCAGGGGCCACACUGACUGUGCUCUCACACUUCUGAACCAUGGGGCCUCGCCGAGAAGCAGAGAUACUACCCGAGGACGUACACCUAUUCACCUUGCAGUAAUGAAUGGUCAUACAUCAUGUGUGCGCCUCCUGCUGGAAGACUCUGAUAAUGCAGAUCUAGUAGAUACAGCGGACUCUCAGGGACAGACCCCUCUAAUGCUGGCAGUAAUGGGGGGUCAUGUGGAUGCUGUGUCUCUUCUAUUGGAGCGUGAGGCCAGUGUGGACUUGGCUGAUCAUCAAGGUCUGACUGCUCUGCACCUGGGGCUCUUGUGUGGACAGGAGGAAUGUGUUCAGUCCCUGUUGGAGCUGGAGGCAUCCGUGCUGCAGGGGGACUCCAAGGGUCGGACAGCUAUCCAUCUGGCUGCGGCGAGGGGUCAUGCAUCCUGGUUGAGCGAAUUGCUCAAUAUUGCAUGUUCUGAACCCCCGAUACCCCCAUUCCGAGACAACCAGGGAUACACACCCUUACACUGGGCCUGUUACUAUGGUCAUGAGGGUUGUGUGGAGGUCCUACUCGAACAAAGAGAUUUUCGUCACUUUGAUGGGAACCCCUUCACCCCGCUGCACUGUGCUGUGGUCAGUGACCAUGAGACCUGUGCCAACCUUUUAUUAGAAGCCAUGGGAUCUAAGAUUGUAACUUUCAAAGACUCCAAGGGCAGGACACCUCUCCAUGCAGCUGCAUUCGCUGGCCAUGUAGACUGUGUUCAGCUGCUCCUGGCCCAUAAUGCAUCUGUGGAUGAGGUUGACCAAUCAGGGCGCACUGCCCUGAUUAUGGCAGCUGAGAAAGGAAGGGUCGAGGUUGUAGAAGCUUUACUUACUGUUGCCAACGUAAACCUCAAUCUGACUGACCAGAAGGGCAACACAGCACUCCAUCUAGCCUGCAGUAAUGGAAUGGAGGAAUGCGCAUUGCUCAUUCUUGGAAAACUUCCAGACUCUGCCCUCGUUGCUACCAACGCUGCACUGCAAACACCUCUCCAUUUGGCUGCUCGCAGUGGGAUGAAGCAGACAGUGCAAGAGCUGCUCUCUCGUGGGGCCAGUGUUCAAGUACUAGAUGAGAAUGGUCUCACCCCUGCUCUGGCUUGCGCUCCCAGCAGGGAAGUGGCUGACUGUCUGGCUCUCAUUCUGGCUACCAUGAUGCCUUUCUGCUCCCCUUGCAGCUCUGGAGCUCCUUCCCCAGGUGCCCUGCUGAAAUCUCUGCCCCGUUCGGCCAAGAGCCCCCAAGGCCCCCGCAGUCCAAGGGAUCCCUCCUGCCCCUCCAGCGAGGGCACGACCACUGAAAACGACUCGGACUCGGAGACAUUUUGACCCCGGCUCCUUCUAGAGGCACUGGUCAUAGUUUUUAAAGCACAGAUCGUCAAGAACCUUGCAGAAGUUGUACAGAUUUUUGAUUAUGGAAACAAUAGAUUAUAACAUAUAGCAGACAAGGUACACUUUUGUUCUGCCACACUUGUUUGCACAGGAGAUUUUUUGAAAGCCAUUUUAAUCACUUUAACACAGGCUGAUUGAUGAUAGAUUGCUAAAUGUUGACUGACUUCUCACACUUGAAGAAUGAUAAUGUAACUGUGGAGUUUUGAAAGCACAAACCAUGUGGAAGUCACCCUCAUUUCACCCAUGUUGUCACUGACCAGUGAUAUCAUCAGGAAAUGAGAUAUCACAUUUUUGGACCUACAGAGGAAUUGGCGUCAUUGUUACCAACCUCACUUAGUAUUUAUUUGUAAGUAAACACUGGAAUACACUAUGCAACUUUUUCCCAAAUUUGUGCCCUGAUGAGUCAGAGCCGUACUGCAGAUUUGAGUUGACAGAUUUAAAUACUGUUUUUGUUUGUCAUGCACCUUCGAGCAACAAGUUAAACACUUCUGUGUGAGGUUGUUGUGUUUUGAACAACUUGAACGCCUGGUAGUGUGUGAUCCUCAGUUAUUUAGUGUAUGAUGCCCAGUUUUUAAAAAUCUGUUUAGAUUUAUCAAGUUGUGUAGUGUAUUUCAGCCUUAAGACAAGUUAGAUUGAAAGUACAUGAAACCCAGUGUAAUGUGAUGAAAAUCCAAUCCAAGUUCUACAUUUCCAGAUCAUACACCAGUUGUACGUCACACAUUGUAUAUGACACAUUGUGAAUAGAAGGCUCUUGAGAUUUAUAUGAAAAGAGCAUUUUUAUUCCAUAGAUAAAAGUAGAUUUCUAGGCCUUGAUGGUCUAAACUUACAUCUGACGCUUUUGGAGAGUGACUCUUUGUCACUAGGUUCCUUCUCAGACAUAGAGACAGUGUUUAUAAAUAAUACUUCUAUUCAGGUUGAAUUUUAGAUUUUAGUGACAGGGCAUGGCAUGUUAUGUGAACCAGGAUGUUCUCAAGCCUGCACCGAUAUUUAUUAACAUUUAGAUAACAAUGGUACUACAAUUGAGUGCACUUAUGCAUAGGAGUAAAUGGGUGCUUUAAGGAAUGGUUCACUUCAAAAUUAUAAUUCUGCCAUUGUUUACUCGUGGAACACAAAAGUAAAAUUAUCUUAGUGUGGCUCUUUCCAUACACCAACAGUUCAUAGUGACAAUGUCCAUCAAGCUCCAAAAAUGACAAAGAAACACCUCCAGAAGAGCUUUGUGCUCUAUUGCAAGUCUUCUGAAAUCAUACAAAUGCUUUGUAUGAGAAAGAGGCCAAAAUUAAAGCUUUAAUCCACUAAUAAUCUUUUCCUUCAGUGAGCUGUUGGUUCUGGAUCACUGUGUCGGUGAACUGAACUCUAGAACUGAUUCGUGAACAAAACAACCAAAUCAUCAAAAAGAAUCAGUUCAAAAGAACACUCUUUUGUGUCCCAUGAACAGAAAUAAUGACAGAAUUGUGAGUUUGGAGUGAAAUAUUCAUUUUAAAAAUGAAUCUAGGACUAUAAUAACAUUCCCUGUCUUCUUUUUCUUUCCUUCUGAAAUUCUUUUAAUAAUUUGCACUGGUUGAAUAUCAAUCCUUUUUAAAAACCGAUUUCUAACUCAAAAAUACAUAUUCAAAAGAUAAAGAGCUUUUAGCAAAGAUUGCGUUUUAAUAUCUUGCCUGUCAGAGACUUUCUAAAACAAGUUCAAAAUGAAAAUGUUUGUCUGUUUGCCUUUGUCCACAAUGUGCCAGUUCCUCCACCGUGUCUAGUGCCUUGUUGUGCAUUUUCAGAGUUGGUUAGAUUAUAUUAGUAUAUGUUUGUAUGUAUGUAUUGGAGUGGAAUGAAAGUCUGAAGAUGUGAAGAUAAGUCUGGGUCACACGUGCCAAUCGUAAGUUUUUUUUUGUUUUGUUUUGUUUUUUACCAAGUCCUGAUGUUUGUGCCUAUGAGUGUGUGAUUUACAAUAGAAAAACAGUCUUUGUACAUAUCAGCUCAUGGACAUUAUCAUCACCAGAGCAAAUACUGCACACAACUGUCUUAUAACAGCAGCACAUGGUCGAUUUUCUUUUCAUAAAUUAGAUGGAUUGUGAGUGGGAGGAUCCAGAGGAAUGAGUCAAACAGUAUUAUAACUGAAAAAAGAAAAAGCUUUGAAAUGUGUGACAAUCUAGAUUAUGGUUUCUUCCUUCAAUCCGAUGUUAAAGGUUUUUUGUCAGCUCAAUUUUCUUUUAUAUAAACUGUUUGACUAUUAAAAUGUUUGAACAGA